GAACUUCUUUAUGCGCUUCUUAAGACGGAAAAGGUGUUCAGUGUACGUAUGUACACAAAACGCGAGCUGAUUCAGUGCCCGGAGUAAGUUGUACCCGCUUUUUUUCUCUUUGCCCGGUCAAUUUAUCAUGCGAAAAAAAAAGAGCAAGCAAGCAAAGAGGGUGCCGCAUUUUAACUUGACAAUUUAGCGUUUCACAUCAAUUCUCCGCUUGUAUUCAUCAUACAUACCUCUUCCAUCAUUUUGUCAUUCAAGUUUAUUUGCGCGCGCCAUUUGAUCGACCUCUCACUCCCAUCAUCGCCAUCCGAUCAACGUCCUAUCUCCUCCUUCAGACUGUUUUCGAUCCGCAUUUGCACUGUUCAGUAGAGGCGUUCGAUCGGGAACCUUUUCAUUCACCGCGCUACCCUACAACAAACAAACAAAUUACGCCCUUCCUCAAUUAAUACGCCCUCCUCUCCGACAUACAUUCGUUUCCCCCAUCUAAUCAGCAAAUAUGGCUCCUUUGAACGCAAUGCUCUUGGAGCUACCGCUUCUAUUAGCAGCUUUUGGAUUUUCGAUAGCAAUGAUGGGUUUAGGAGGAGCACAUAUUCAUCAAUGGGCAUCACUUCAAGAUAAGAUUGCAAACCAAAGUAGUCUUCCAGGAUUUGUAGGGGUGGACAAUAAUAAUAUCACAAAUGUGGAUUAUGCAAUCAUGAUCCUUGGUGCAAUUCAAUUCGUUUUCUCAAUCUUUGCAAUGUUGAUGAGUUGCGAACAAUUAAAGAAACGUCGUGGUGAAUAUUCCGGAAAAGGUACAAAGGCUUGGUUGGUUGUCGGUUUGACUUCUCUGCUCCUGUUGGGUGCCUGGACUGGAGUGGUCUCAGCCUACACCGCAUUCUCAACGAUAAAGUUCUAUAAGUUCACCCAAGGCCCAAACUACUCCGAACCAUUUAAUACCGAACAACAAUUAUACCUGCGUCAGAUUAAUUACUUUAUUCAAGCUCAAAUUACCAGUAGUUUAAAGCUUGUCAAUAUUCCAGGUUUCCCACUCGGAGAAUGGUCGAAUAUUUACACAAUUCAAGAAGCAAACGCAUAUUUGAACACGUUUAACUAUAAUUCUAUUUUCAGUUAUCGCGCAGCCGUUGCCGUUGGAUGGUUCCAAUUGGGUUCCGUUUUCCUCGUUACUGUUGUUCACUUUGCUCUGCCUUUCGCAUGGCGUUACCUCAACCUUUUGCGUGAACCAAAGAAGGAUCCUUCUUCCCGUUACAACGAUCUCAUGUAAGGUGGGGCGUAAGGUACAAACAAACAAAAAAAGCUCCAAUUAGGAGGAUCAUUUGCAUACAAACAAUUUCUUGUAUAUUUUCUUAAACAUUGCGCUCUCAAGGCUUUUAUCUUGCUUCAUCUUGCACAUCACAAGGAUUGGAGAUUUACUGGUGGAUGUGGUGCCUUUAGCCCAUCCACAAAAUACCACACUCUCUUGCUACUUGCUCACUUCUGCUCACCUUUUGACUUCUCAUACCUGUUCUCCUUUUUUUUCUACAUCGUCUUUGUCAUUAUUUGAUCAAUCUCUAAUUUCUUUCUUGAAAUCUAAUCAUGUGCUAAAGUU